AUGGCGUCGCAGCCCGGGUCCUCCCUGAAGAAGAAGGAUGAGAAGGGGAAGAACAUCCAGGUGGUGGUGAGGUGCAGACCAUUUAAUUCGGCAGAACGGAAAGCUAGUGCCCUUCCUGUAGUAGAAUGUGAUCAUCUACGGAAAGAAGUCAAUGUGCGAACUGGAGGACUAACUGAUAAAAGCUCAAGGAAAACCUAUACUUUUGAUAUGGUUUUUGGAUCCUCUACUAAACAAAUUGACGUUUACCGAAGUGUUGUUUGUCCAAUUCUGGAUGAAGUUAUUAUGGGCUAUAAUUGCACUAUUUUUGCAUAUGGUCAAACUGGCACUGGAAAAACCUUUACCAUGGAAGGUGAAAGGUCACCUAAUGGAGAGUAUACUUGGGAGGAGGAUCCCUUAGCGGGUAUAAUUCCACGUACUCUUCAUCAAAUUUUUGAGAAACUUAGUACUGAUGGCACUGAAUUUUCAGUCAAAGUAUCACUGCUGGAAAUCUAUAAUGAAGAGCUCUUUGAUCUACUUAAUCCUGACGUAUCUGAGAAACUGCAGAUGUUCGAUGAUCCUCGUAACAAGAGGGGAGUUAUAAUCAAAGGUUUGGAAGAAAUCACAGUGCACAACAAGGAUGAAGUUUAUCAAAUUUUGGAGAAGGGGGCAGCCAAAAGGACCACUGCAGCAACACUGAUGAAUGCAUAUUCUAGUCGUUCGCAUUCAGUGUUCUCUAUUACAAUACAUAUGAAAGAAACGACCAUCAAUGGAGAGGAGCUUGUUAAAAUUGGGAAGUUGAACUUGGUUGAUCUUGCAGGAAGUGAAAACAUUGGCCGUUCUGGAGCAGUUGAUAAGAGAGCUCGGGAAGCUGGAAAUAUUAAUCAGUCUCUGUUGACUUUGGGAAGAGUUAUUACUGCUCUUGUUGAAAGAACACCUCAUGUUCCUUAUCGAGAAUCCAAGCUAACAAGAAUCCUGCAGGAUUCUCUUGGGGGCCGUACAAAAACAUCUAUCAUUGCAACAAUUUCCCCUGCAUCUCUCAAUCUUGAGGAAACUCUGAGUACAUUGGAAUAUGCACAUAGAGCAAAGAACAUAAUGAAUAAGCCUGAAGUUAAUCAGAAACUCACCAAGAAAGCUCUUAUUAAGGAAUAUACUGAAGAGAUAGAGCGCCUGAAACGAGAUCUUGCUGCAACCCGGGAAAAAAAUGGGAUAUUCGUUUCAGAGGAAAAUUUUAAGGCUAUGAGUGGAAAACUAACAGUUCAAGAAGAACAGAUUGUAGAACUGAUGGAAAAAAUUGGUGUUUUAGAGGAAGAACUAAGUAGGGUAACAGAAUUGUUUACGGAUAGUAAAAGUGAGCUUGAUCAGUGUAAAUCUGAUCUGCAAAAUAAGUCACGGGAACUUGAAAGUACUCAAAAACACCUACAAGAAACUAAAUUACAGCUUGUUGAAGAAACAUAUAUCUCUUCAGCUUUCAAAAAUACUGAGGAGAAACUGUAUGAUACUGCCAGCAAGUUGGUUAACACAGUCGAAGAAACUACGAAAGCUGUCACUGGCCUCCAUUCCAAGUUGGAUCGCAAGAAUGCAAUUGAUCAGCACAAUGCAGAAGUUCAGGAUGUUUUUGGCAAAAACCUAAAUGGUCUAUUUAAUAAUAUGGAAGAAUUGCUUAAGGAUGGGAGUUCCAAACAAAAGGCCAUGCUUGAUAGUCACAAGGCCUUGUUUGAUAACCUGCUGUCUUCCAGUGUUUCUGCUUUAGACACCAUUACUACAACAGCACUUCGAUCUCUCACAUCUGUUCCAGAAAAUGUGUCUGCACAUAUUUCUCAGAUUUCUAAUAUGAUACUUAAAGAAGAAUCAUUGGCAGCGGAAAGUAAAACUGCAUUUCAGAUGUUGAUUAGUGAACUCAAGACUGAGCUUCAAAGUUCGCUGGAAACAGUAUUAUCCCCUUCUGUGAUAUCUAUACUCAAAAUCAAUCGACAACUAAUGAAUAUUUUCAAGAGUUCAUUGACACUGGCCGAUAAGAUAGAAGAUCAGAAAAAGGAGGUAGAUGACUUCCUGAGCACACUUUGUGACAGUCUUCACCAAUUACAAGUAAAUACAGAUUCUUCCUUGAUGGACUCACAGAAGCAUUGUGAAAGCUUAAAAGAAGAUCUGAAAAAGAUAAAGGAAAUCCAUUCACAGGAACUUUUCCAGUUAAUCAAUCUUUGGGGAGAGAGGUUCUGUGCUUUGGAGGAAAAAUGUGAAACUAUCCAGAAACCACUUAGUAGUAUUCAAGAAAAUACAGAACAGAAGUCUAAGGAUAUAAUCAGGAAAACAAGAUCUCACAGUACAAAAUUUGGUGCUCAUUCAGAUGGUUUGUCCCAGGAGCUCAGGCAUUUUCAUCAAGAAGGCACAGAAUUGGUUGAAGAAUCCUCAGAACAACUCGAUAAGCUCAAUAGCAACCUUAAGAUACUAACCCAACAGACAGAACAGAGAUGCGAAGCACUAAGUACAAGUACAGCUUGCUUUUCGGAACAGUGGUUAUCUUGCUUAAAUAAAAGGGAGGAGGAACUUCAGGACUUAAUGCAGGAUGUUAAGGAAGGAUGUGACACUUCAAGUUCAGAAAUUACUGAAAAAUUAAGUGAACAUAAAGCAGCUAAUGAGAAUGAGAGAAACAUCUUCCUUGAUCAGAUACAUACUGAUAAAGAAACAUUAAUGACUCAAAGUUUGGAAUCUAAUAACAACAUCAAAAUUGGCUUGAGUCUGCUGAAUAACUUUCUGCAACAAGAACUGAAACUAGAUGUCUCAACAGGUACAACACCACAGAGGAAAAAUUAUUCAUAUCCAUCAAAGUUGGUGAGGACCAAACCACGUGAACAACUUCUUGAUCUGUUAAAAAGAAAACAGCCAGAGUUGUUUAUGAUGCUAGAAAAUACUUUAGAAAAUACAGAAGAGGACGACAUUCAGGACUUGAAUGAAGAAAAGGAAGUUCUGGAGCAGAGUAUAGAAGAAUCUCUAAGUCAAGAGCCACCUGUAGAUACUUGUAUGGAUUGUUCAUCAAGUGGUGGGGUUCCAUUUUUUCAGCGUAAAAAAGCACAUGGAAAAGACAAAGAAAACAGAGGCAUUAAUUCAGUGGAGAGGUCUAAAUUGGAAGAAAAAUCAGAACCAUUUGUUCCAAAAAGCAAACUACCCCUGCGAGCCUAG